CACAUGGUUCCAUCCCGCUGCUGUGAUUGGCUGAGCGGAGCUUCAUGUGGCUGUAGUACACAAAGAUCCGUCACUUCUUCUGCUGAGCACUCGACGAGUUGAAACGAUGCUGUUCAACAAGGUACUCCGAGCCGGUGUGCGGUCCGGGAUCCGGCUGCAGGGCUCCAGUGCUGCUGCAGACAGCUCCACAGCACCUUCAUCCCUCGGGUUCUCAUUUGAGAUGACGGAUCAGCAGAAGGAGUUCCAGCAGCUGGCGAGGAGGUUUGCACGUGAAGAGAUCGUCCCGGCCGCAGCUUCUUAUGACAAGAGUGGUGAAUAUCCUUUCCCCAUCAUCAAGAAAGCAUGGGAGCUUGGUCUCAUGAACAGUCACAUUCCUCAGGAAUAUGGUGGAAUGGGCCUGUCGAUCUUCGACAGCUGCCUCAUCACAGAGGAGUUGGCUUACGGCUGCACAGGAGUGCAGACCGCUAUCGAGGCAAACUCUCUGGGACAAAUGCCUGUUAUUAUUGCUGGCAACGAAGCACAGAAGAGUAAAUACCUGGGGAGGAUGGCUGAGGAGCCUCUUAUGUGUGCGUACUGCGUCACUGAGCCGGGGGCCGGCUCCGACGUGUCCGCCAUCAAGACGCGAGCUGUGAAGACGGGAGAUGAGUAUGUUGUUAACGGGCAGAAGAUGUGGAUCACAAACGGUGGGAAGGCUAACUGGUACUUCCUCCUGGCUCGUACUAACCCAGACCCCAAAUGUCCAGCUGGCAAGGCCUUCACUGGCUUCAUCUUAGAUGCUGACUCUCCAGGAGUUCAGAUUGGAAGGAAGGAGAUGAACAUGGGCCAGAGAUGUUCUGACACCAGAGGCAUCACCUUUGAGGACGUCAGGAUACCGAAGGAGAACGUCCUGCUCGCAGAGGGAGCUGGCUUCAAAAUCGCCAUGGGAGCUUUUGACAACACAAGACCUCCAGUGGCAGCAGGAGCAACAGGCCUGGCACAGAGGGCUCUGGAUGAAGCCACCAAUUACGCACUGGAGAGGAAGACCUUCGGCAAAGUGAUCGCUGAGCACCAGGCCGUGUCGUUCCUUCUGGCUGAGAUGGCGAUGAAGGUGGAGCUGGCCCGCAUGGCGUACCAGCGCUCAGCCUGGGAAGUGGACCAGGGCCGCAAGAACACCUACUACGCCUCCAUCGCCAAGGCCUUCGCCGGAGACAUCGCCAAUCAGGUGGCCAGUGAUGCUGUUCAGGUGUUUGGAGGCAACGGGUUCAACAGCGAAUACCCGGUGGAGAAGCUGAUGAGAGACGCUAAGAUCUACCAGAUCUACGAGGGAACAGCUCAAAUCCAAAGACUCAUUAUUGCAAGAGAACAUCUGGGAAGAUACAAGAAAUGAACGCUGCACGCCUGACGUCCUCAUUGGAAUGUUUUCUUUGUCGUAACUUUUCUAUACGAACACGUGUUCCUGAAAGUAGAUCUGCUCACUUAAACUCAGGAUGCAGAGCAAAAUGUUGUUUGCCUUAAUACUGUUUCAUCCUGCCUUGAUUCUUCAGAUUCAUCCCGACUGUAUCGGUAGAGACGGCCGUUUGAACAAACUUCAGUUAAUGGUUUUAUAGAGCUGUCGGCUGAUCCUCAUCAACUUAUCAAGUCAUGAAACAACACACCAUCAUGUCCAGUUCACCAGCUGCCUGCGUUCAGAUGGUCACAUGUAAAUAUAUAACAUUAUGGAAACUGUUGGUUUAACUCCUCUGUAGAUUGUAAAUAAUGGGCAGCCAAGAACAAAGUGAAUAUGGUUGUGUUACAGAAAACAUGCUGUAUUUAUUUAGCAUUAGCCCGGAACACUGUCACUGGACCAUCAUUCUUAAACUAUACAAUCACUUAUAGUUGUUUGAGGACGAGUUGCUGAUGAUAAACUUGGACAUAUUUGACUUAAUAAGUUGAUGAGGCUUCCAACUUAUUUUUUUGUGAUGUAAGAUUGUCUCAUUGCGGGGGAGGAGGUGCAGGGUUCGUUUGUCACACUAAUGCAUCACUAGUACAGUUGAGAUUUAUUCAUGUAACAUAUCUCCUCCAUUCUGCAGUAAAUCAGAGAUGAUGAUGACAUCCAUGUUCAUUUCUCUGUAUAAUGUCUCUGUCAUCCCAUCGAGUGUCUUGUGUGUUUCUGUCAUUCUGCGUCUGUUAAAGAAAUCUAACGUAGUGGAUGCAGUGCACAUUUUUCAUACAAUAAAAACCAAUUCAAUCUU